AUGGAUAAUAUAGAAGGAUCAGGAAAUAUGCUGGAAUGGUCUGAUGAUGAGGAUUUAGGCGGUGAAGGUUCGGGUGGUCAAACUGAAGGAUCCGGUGAUACGGAACAUGAUCAUGAAGAAGCUAUAGCACCAAUUAUCACAGAUGAAGAUGUCCGACAUACAAAAUUAAUCGGUCGAAUUACUACUGCCACACGUAAAG